AUGAAGGCUUUUAUCAUGAAGCAUUCAAAGCAACUCAGUUUGCAAGAUCGACUCCAUGCUAUAUGGUACUGCAUCCCGAUGGAUGAGGAAUGCAGGUCGUUCACUGCAGGUGAAAAGAAAUUUUUCCUUCAGUGCAACACUGGAAGGAAAUUACAAUCCUCAGUUCCAGUAAUCGUAUUGUUCACAAAGUUUGAUGCUCUCUAUGACAUCGUGUUCGAGCAGCUGGAAGAGGAAGGAAUACUGGGAAAAGAUGCUACAGAACAGGCACUGAAAUGCGCCCAAGAGUCAUUUGCUAAUGGACCACAACUGAAGUUUCUCAAGGACGUUCCAUGGCCUCCGAAACAUGUAUGCCUUCCUGACAUGAACAAGGAAGGUGCAGAUUGUGGGCCACUGAUUGAACACAUGGCUGGAACUCUGGAUGAUGAAAUACUGACACAAUUAUUUGUCUCCACCCAGCAGACCAACUUGGAGCUCUGCAUGAAAUAUGCAGUUGAGAGAACACUCUCCAGACUUAUCGACUCUGCAGAGACAAUGACAAAGGAGAGUCAUCAGAAGAUAAUCAGAGAGCUAGGCUCCUGGUUUCCACAUAUUGAGGUUGUGAGUGUGUCGAUCCUGCUUCAAGCUCGAGCCAUGCUGAUCCAAGUCAUCACCCACUGGCCUGGCCUCAAGCCGUGGGCUGAGCCUGACCAGGCUUACUUAGGCCAAGCCCAGCUGAGCCUUGAGGGCGGCCUAGUAGGGCUCAUGGCUCGGCCUGAGGUAUGUGAAAGCCAGAGCUGGGCCACCAAGCCAUGGCUUUCAAGGUUGUUGUGCCAUCCGCCAAGAAAGGCUCACGGCACCGCCAAUGCUGCGCCCUCACACAUCCAAACCCCCACCACUGUCACUGCCUCUAAUGAGGAUGAUAGUGACAUUGACCCGCUUCACAGCAAACCCAGACGGCUCACAAAAGGCAAAAAACAUGCUCAUGUUGCUGCCAACGGCAACAGUGAACUGUCCGCAGGGGCUGAACUUGAGCCAGAUAGCCUCCUGAAUGAGGCAGGCCCAUCUGCAACUAUCAAUCCACCACAGGCUCCCGCUAUCAUUGACGAUGAACGCGAUGCUGACAGAUUUCUAAAGGAUGUGCAAGUUAUGGACAUCGAUGAGCCCGAAAAAUCACGCCAAGAGCAGCAAAGCCGCGACAUCAAUAAAAAAAUUUCAGCCCCAUAUUCUGACAAUAAAGGCAAGAAGUAUCGCCAUUGCGUGCUAUGCAGCAAAAAAACAAAGAAACCUGUUGCUUUUGUCAACGAAGUAACGACCAUGCGCUGUCACAUGGAGGCUUUGCAUCAGCACUAA